AUGACCACCUGGGCUCAGGCCAUUCAUCAUCCCUGGUUCGAUCCGCCACCUCUGAAGCGGAAACUGUCUAACGCGGAUGACGAGCGCCGUGCAUCACCCUAUCAGCGCUCGUCACCAAGUCCCACGAGCCGUGCCAAACGACGCAAGUUCAACACACUGGAGCAUGGGUUUGCCCACCUCACGCUCGCGUCGGUGCCGGUCUACUCCAACUCAACGAGUGGGGUGGUGAUUACGCCCAUUAAUUCCACUGUUUCAUCUUCCGAAUCUACGACAUUUCUACCUUCUAGUAUCGUCCUCCCUAGCUCCGUCGAGGAACCGCCGCACGAAGUUGAAGCGGUGGCGCCCGAGGUGAACAUGGAGAGUUUGGACGAGGGAGAAUACACUGGCAAGAUCAAGGCGGCUCGUCACUAUUCGAUAUCGAUGCCUUUGCUUCGGCGCCUACGAAAACACCAGACGGCACCGCAGCCUAUCAUUCCCAUCUCGUCGCCCAGUACGGAAGGGGGCGCUCUUGUGUUGUAUCGGCCGUUGCGGCCGCUUUCCCCUACUCGUCAAGUCGAUGAACAAGCGGAAUCUGUAGAGGAGGUUGUUACGGCCGGUGCUGCGAGCUUUGAGCGUGAUGAAGACGCGAUGGACAUAGAGUAG